AAUUCAAAAACUCAAAGGAAAGGCGGGCGUCUCUUCCUUCUCUCCUUUAAUACAAUCAAACCAUCGAGAGACGCAACACAAACACAUCUUCUCCAGAGAGAAAAGCAUACAAUGGCGGAAAACACGACCAGUACUAGAAGAAAGCCUCAGAGCUUGAACGAUCGUCACUACCGCCUCCUCCAAGAUCUCUCCGCGCCUCCUAAACACGCUCCUCCUCCUCCUUCUUCUUCCACACAUGAAGAAGAUGAAGGAACGAAGAUAAAACUCGCGGGACGACGUCGUUUAUGCAAAUUCUCGGUGGAGGACGAUGAUGUUUCGGAAGAAGAUGAAGGAACGAAGGUAAAACUCGCUGGACGACGUCGUUUAUGCAAAUUCUCGGUGGAAGACGAUGAAGAAGAAGAAGAAGAAGAUGAUCCUGAUUUGGCUGAUUUCGAUUCCCCAGGUAAAAGAGAUACACCACUGGAGAGAGCUGAAGCUAAGGAGAAGCUCACAUCUUGGGAUGAAGCUAAGGAAGGUAGCACAAAGGUGGGAGAGGAGCCAAGCUUUUCGAUGAUAACAGACUUUGGUUCUCCCUCUCCUCUUCUUGAGCAAAAGGAGGAGAGGCAAGGAGGUGGAGGACAGAAUGAGAUUAUGGAUAUUUUGGAUGAUUUGACCUCUAAGCUUGGGACAAUGUCUAUUAAGAAGAAAAAAGAUAACAUAAGCAGUGACUUUGAGAGUGUUAAAACCUCAUUCUCCUUGAUAUCCGAGUCCCCCUCAGAUGUUGUUACUAAAGCUGGUGAUGAUAGUAAAGCUGGGUUUGCUAUCCGGGAAGAGAAAGCUAGUAAUGUGUUUGUGGGAGAAAGAGUUUCAAAUGGUGGAAAGAAGCCACCGUUUUCUGGUCAGCAGUAUGUUGGUAAGUCUGAAGGGUAUAGACAGGAGGAGAAUCUUGACCGUGGGACGGGCAAAGUCGAAGAAGUCGACCGGAGUCUGAAAGCUAGUAAUGUGUUUGCAGGCGAGAGGGGAAAGAAGCAGCCGUUUUCUGGUCAGCGCUAUGUUGGUAAGUCUGAAGGGUUUAGACAGGAAGAUAAUCUUGACCGUGGGAAGGGCAAAGUCGAAGAAGUCGACCGAAGUCUGAAAGCUAGUAAUGUGUUUGUAGGCGAGAGGGGAAAGAAGCAGCCGUUUUCUGGUCAGCGCUAUGUUGGUAAGUCUGAAGGGUAUAGACAGGAGGACAAUCUUGACCGUGGGAAGGGCAAAGUCGAAGAAGUCGACCGGAGUCUGAAGAUGAGUAGACAUGUGGAGGUCAGUGAGAAGCUAAGAUCAGUGGGAAGGUACAAUGCUGCUAAGCUACGAGAUUUAGACGACGAUGAUGAUGAGGAUGACUGUGUUGUGUUGACUGGAAAAAAGGCGGCUGAGAUGAAAAGCCAUAUCGAUAAGCCUAAAAAGCCAGCUCGGUCUCACAACACUGCAACACAUGCUUAUGAAGAGAAAGUGGCGGAGGAUGAAGGGUCUAUCACUUUAACUGGCCCAAAAUCUUCUUACACACUGCGUGGGAAGAUUGCAACGAUGUUGUAUCCGCAUCAGAGGGAAGGGUUGAAGUGGCUCUGGUCAUUGCACACCCAAGGGAAAGGUGGAAUACUUGGGGAUGAUAUGGGUUUAGGUAAAACUAUGCAGAUAUGUAGCUUUCUUGCCGGAUUGUUCCACUCGAAAUUGAUCAAACGUGCUCUGGUAGUGGCACCAAAAACCUUGCUGCCUCACUGGCUGAAAGAAUUAGCUGUUGUGGGACUUUCACAAAUGACUAGGGAAUUCUACGGCACUUCUGCAAAAGCCCGAGAGUAUGAUCUCAACCACAUUCUACAGGGUAAAGGUGUUCUUCUAACUACUUAUGAUAUCGUACGGAACAAUACAAAGGCUUUGCAAGGUUCUCAACUGUAUACUGAUGAUGACGACGAAGAUGGCAUCAAAUGGGACUACAUGAUUCUGGACGAGGGACAUCUUAUUAAAAACCCCAGCACACAAAGGGCCAAGAGUUUGCUUCAAAUUCCAAGUUCUCACCGUAUAAUUAUAAGUGGUACCCCAAUCCAAAAUAAUUUAAAGGAAUUGUGGGCUUUAUUCAAUUUCAGCUGCCCCGGGCUCCUUGGUGAUAAAAAAGAGUUUAAGGAGAAUUAUGAGCGUCACAUUAUUGCUGGAACUGACAAAAAGGCCUCUGAUAGAGAACAGAGAAUAGGCUCAACAGUAGCAAAGAACUUGAGGGAGCAUAUUCAACCUUUCUUCUUGCGGCGCCUUAAGAGUGAAGUCUUUGGUGAUGAUGCCACAUCCUCCAAACUUUCAAAGAAGGAAGAAAUUGUUGUAUGGCUACGGUUAACAGCUUGCCAGAGGCAAAUAUAUGAGGCUUUCUUAAAGAGUGAAAUUGUUCUGUCAGCGUUUGAUGGUUCGCCUCUAGCAGCACUUACGAUUCUGAAGAAAAUAUGUGACCAUCCGCUUCUCUUGACUAAGAGGGCUGCUGAGGACGUACUCGAAGGAAUGGAAUCAACAUUGACACAAGAAGAAGCAGGCGUGGCAGAGAGAUUGGCUAUGCAUAUUGCAGACAAUGUGGAUACAGAUGACUUCCAGACCAAGAAUGACAGUAUCUCUUGCAAACUGACAUUCAUCAUGUCCCUACUGGAAAAUUUGAUCCCAGAAGGGCACCGUGUUCUAAUCUUCUCCCAGACACGGAAGAUGCUAAAUCUCAUUCAGGAUUCUCUUACUUCCAACGGUUAUAGUUUUUUGCGUAUUGAUGGUACAACAAAAGGCCCUGACAGAUUAAAGACUGUUGAAGAAUUUCAAAGUGGUCAUGUGGCGCCUAUAUUUCUUCUCACAUCCCAAGUUGGUGGUCUCGGCCUUACUUUGACAAAGGCAGACCGUGUGAUUGUAGUUGACCCAGCUUGGAAUCCAAGUACUGACAACCAGAGCGUAGAUCGAGCAUACAGAAUUGGGCAAACCAAGGAUGUCGUAGUGUAUAGGUUAAUGACCUCAGCAACUGUUGAAGAAAAGAUAUACAGAAAGCAGGUGUACAAGGGAGGCUUGUUUAAAACAGCGACUGAGCAUAAAGAACAAAUCCGCUACUUCAGCCAACAGGACCUUCGAGAGCUUUUCAGUCUUCCUAAGGGAGGCUUUGAUAUCUCACCUACACAGCAGCAACUAUACGAAGAGCAUUACAACCAGAUCAAACUAGAUGAAACUCUGGAAGCCCAUAUUAAGUUCCUGGAAACUCUCGGUAUAGCUGGAGUGAGUCAUCACAGCUUACUCUUCUCCAAGACUGCUCCAGUACAACCUAUACAACCAGAAGAGAUAGAAGAAAUAAGGAGAGGAACAGCAACAUCAUACUGGGGAGGUCCAUCAGCAAGCUCUUCACAGGACAACAUGAUCAAUGGGGCUGAGUAUGCUUUCAAACCAAAGGACGUGAAAGUGGACAAGAGAAUCAACAUUUCACCAAUCGAUGCCAGUGAAAUGUCGGAAAGUGAGAUUAAAGCAAGAAUCAGUAGACUAUCUAUGCUAUUCCAGAACAAGAGUAUGGUCGCAAGUUUACCUGAUAGAGGAGCCAAAAUACAGAAACAGAUUGCUGAAUUGAAUCGAGAGCUCCAAGAAAUGAAGGCAUCACAAAGCAACGAUAUGCCUCAUCAAGUUAUUGACUUGGAGGAUAUAAGCCAGAAGAUGCACAAAGGAUUGAAUCUGUAG